GGCCUUGUUGUAACGUUUCAGACUUACGAGAAGGUUUUAGUUACUUACCCAUAUCGCCACUUGUAUCUCUAUUUUUCUUUUCCCGUCUCGUCGUCUCUAUUAUUUUCUUUUCUUUCGGUAAAAUAAUGCAAAGCCCCAGCCGAAGUCAUGCUGCGAUCUUCUUGUGCAAGUCAUCAUCUUUGUCUUGUUAACAAUACCAUGUUGCCAUAGUGAUACCCAGAAACGAAGAAAAACAACAAUUACAGGGGCCACUCGUGUGUAUGAAGAAGCUUGACAUCGCUACUGGCCAAUCGCACCAGUAAUGUCAUUUGGCACUCACUAUGUCUUGGUGUUUCUACCUUUAAAGCUUGUUAGUUGAGGGCAAUGUGAGUGUUCAUAGCUCACUGCAAAUCGAAGUUCAUGCUGAUGCAGGACCACUUGUUGAAAAGUGAAAGCCUCACCCUGCUUGCGCUUUGGCUCUAUUUCUGCAUCAUCGAGUCGCGUUUUAGCUACGGAUGGCCCUGAUUGCCCUGUCCAGGUUCAGGCAACGUGGUUCGUCAAGAGCCAUCCAACUCCCGUGAGAGAAAUAAAAGAGUGUGGCUGUAGUAAGCAUCACUGAUCACGUGCAUGCUUUGCAAUUACACCAAUGGCGAAGCUUAAAAGAGAGAUAGGGAGAGAAGUAGGACCCGGGAUUCCUUUGACAGAGUUGAUCUUGAUAUGCCACCAACAGAAAUGGCAGUGAAUCAGUCAGAUAUAAAAGGAGAAAGCAGACAGUGAUAGUUUCUCAACUCCCAAAGGAUAACACUUUAGAAAACGAGAAUUUCCCAAGGGCAGGUGUUCACCCCACUUUCACGUUAUUAUUCAACUAAAUUUCGUUUCUCUUCAAGGGACUUAGGCUUCUCUGCUUCUGCCUCUCCUUCCUCAACCUCUAGCUUUAUGAAUGCAUUUCUGAGGGGGAAGUCUUCCUUGAAUGUUACGCUAUAUGGUUCUGGAAUUGUGAAAAUGGGAAGAAGGGAUGUAUAUUUCUGGGUGUAGAGUUUGGAAGAGAAAGACAACAGUUUUUAGGCUUUAUACAAUGCCAGUUCCACUUGCCCCCAAUCCGACGCCCCCAGCUCCAUAUACUCCUCCGGCAAAUGGGGCACAGAGUCAGCUUGUGUGUUCUGGGUGUAGAAACCUUCUAAUGUAUCCCGUUGGGGCCACCUCUGUUUGUUGUGCUGUUUGCAAUGCAGUCACAGCUGUGCCUCCUCCUGGCACUGAAAUGGCCCAGUUGGUUUGUGGAGGCUGCCACACUUUACUCAUGUACAUCCGUGGAGCCACAAGUGUUCAAUGCUCUUGCUGUCACACCGUCAAUUUAGCUUUGGAAGCAAAUCAGGUGGCGCAUGUCAACUGUGGAAACUGCAGAAUGCUAUUGAUGUACCAAUAUGGAGCAAGAUCCGUGAAAUGCGCUGUUUGCAAUUUUGUGACAUCAGUUGGGGUCUCAGCAAGCACGGCUGAGCAGAAGUUUAGUACCUAAACUUGUGACCAAAUCAUUACCACAACCUCCAUUUGCGUGUUACGUGUUUCUCCUAGUAAAGAGUGCGUAUCUGAGAGCAGCAGUUCUCCAAGUCACAUGUAUAGAGUUGUUUUUCCUUUGCGUGAAUUAAUGAAUGAUUUCGGUGGAUUGAGUGUAAGGAUAUUAUUAUUAUUAUUAUCUUAUAUAAGAUUCCUGGUAA